AGGGGUCGACGCAUGCGCUCCAUGGGGUUGGUGCGACCUGGGACCAUGGCGGUGGCGCUAGGUAGCCGAGGCGCGGUACGUCUGCGCCUCCUUUCGGCUUUGAAGUCGGGUAUCUCCGUUCCUAUGACCGGGACCCAGGCUUUUUUCGGCACUGCAGUAACCUCUGCCAAAGUGGCUGUGAAUGGUGUCCACCUGCAUUAUCAGCGGACUGGAGAGGGCGAGCAUGCUGUCUUGCUGCUUCCUGGAAUGUUAGGAAGUGGAGAGACUGAUUUUGGACCUCAGAUUAAAAACCUAAAUAAGAAGCUCUUCACGGUGGUUGCCUGGGACCCUCGAGGAUAUGGACAUUCCAGGCCCCCAGAUCGGGAUUUCCCAGGGGACUUUUUUGAAAGGGAUGCAAAAGAUGCUGUUGAUUUGAUGAAGGCACUGAAGUUUAAGAAGUUCUCUUUGCUGGGGUGGAGUGACGGUGGCAUCACAGCACUCAUUGCAGCCGCAAAACACCCGGCUGACAUCCACAAGAUGGUGGUUUGGGGAGCCAACGCUUAUGUGACUGAGGAAGAUGAAAGGAUUUAUCAAGGUAUCCGAGAUGUUUCUAAGUGGAGUGAGAAAACAAAAAAGCCUCUAGAAACCCUAUAUGGGUAUGAGUACUUUGCAAAAACCUGUGAAAAGUGGGUGGAUGGCAUAAAACAGUUUAAACAUCUUCCAGAUGGUAAUAUCUGCCGGCACUUGCUGCCGCUGAUUCAGUGCCCCACCUUAAUUGUGCAUGGCGAAAAGGAUCCUCUAGUCCCACGUUUUCAUGCUGACUUCAUACACAAACACGUGAGCGGGUCACGUGAGGACACGUGUUCCCUUGGAGAACCAGGUUCAAUGAAUGUCAGUCUGCAAGAAAGUUUAAUGUUGCAUCUGAUGCCAGAAGGCAAACACAACCUCCACUUACGUUUUGCAGAUGAAUUCAACAAGUUGGCACAAGACUUCUUACAAUGAAUAUGUGACCCGGUGAUUCCUUAGCAAGGGCUUCAUCUGCCUGUUGUGGCCUCUGGAACCCACCCCCACACCUCAGUUCACCUUCCCUCCAGACUUUCGGUUCCUCCCCACAACUGCUGCUAAUCCAACAGGGAAAAUGACACUAAAAACAUCCUCCAGGAGCUACAAAAAUUAAAUGACUUUUUCAACAUUAA